AUGUCGGUGAUGAAUUUGCAGGCAGCGCAGGAUUCGAUAGACACAUUACGAUCUUCUCUGACCAGGGAAGAUUGUACCAAGUCGGUAUGCAUCAGCCUUUCCGCUUGUGUUGUUGGCUCUACACCGAUCGAGCUGGACCCCCAAUUGUUGAGAGCUGGAGAACCAGGCAGCGGGCCUUCUGACCAGUCCACGACCUUGCUAACACGAUUACUGCCGGUAGAAUAUGCAUUCAAGGCCAUCACUGCCGCCAACAUCAUGUCCAUCGGCGUCCGUGGAAAGGACUGCGCGGUCGUCCUGUCCCAGAAGAAGGUCCCUGACAAGCUGAUCGAUCCCUCUUCCGUCUCGCACAUCUUCCAGAUCUCGCCCUCGGUCGGCUGCGUCAUGACCGGCUCCAUAGCAGAUGCGCGCGCUUUUGCCCAACGUGCGCAAGGCGAGGCGGCCGAGUUCAGGUACAAGUACGGAUACGAGAUGCCCAGCGAUGUCCUGGCCAAGAGGCUGGCCAACAUCAGCCAGGUCUACACUCAGCGCGCUUACAUGCGUCCCUACGGCGUCGCUACGACCCUGAUAUCACUCGAUUCCGAGAACGGCCCUCAGCUGUUCAAGUGCGACCCGGCCGGAUACUACAUCGGCUACAAGGGCACGGCUGCCGGACCCAAGCAGCAGGAGGCGCUGAACCACCUUGAGAAGAAGCUCAAGAACAAGGACCACGCAGAGGGCAGCUGGGAGGAGGUUGUCGAGCUGGCCAUCACCACCCUCAGCACAGUGCUCAGCAUGGACUUCAAAAAGACGGAGAUCGAGAUUGGCAUCGUGGGCGGCCCCCGAGCUGACGGCAAGGAGGGUACAGACCCUGGCUUCAGAGUGCUUACGGAGGAGGAGAUCGAUGACCGAUUACAGGCCAUUGCCGAGAAGGACUAA